GCCGCCACCUCUUCUUCUUCUUCUUCUUCUUCUUCUUCUCCAAGAUUUUGCAAGAACCCGUCGAGCUCAAUCCAAUCUCCUCCAGUCAAUUCCGAAUUUAAGAAUUUUCGCAACCAGACUCGCCAGUUCAAUCUGAGUUCGAGAAGAUCAGAUUUUGCUCCGAUUGCAGCGUGGUUGAAGCUAAGAUUGUUCCCGGUAGUUGACCAUGUCUGCAAAAAAUUCGUUUGUGUUGGUGUUGGCACUGCAGCUAGGCCAUGGCGUCCACCGUCUCCUUCUCCCCGGCCAACGUCAGGGUGCUCCAGGGUAGGAGCUGCCACGGCCAUGCGGCGUUCGGGAGCUGCUCCCCCGUCCCAAGAACCGGGUCAAGGACUCGUUCCACGGCGGUUAGGGUCAGCAGCGAGCAGGAGGCCGCGGCGGCCGUCAGGGCGCCGUCGGGGAGGAGCAUCGAGGAGUGCGAGGCCGACGCCGUCGCCGGGAGAUUCCCCGCGCCGCCGCCGUUGGUUAGACCCAAGGCACCCGAAGGAACACCUCAGAUCAGGCCUCUUAACUUGACGAAGCGCCCUCGUCGCAACCGCAGGUCGCCUGCUCUUCGAUCUGCAUUCCAGGAGACCACCAUCUCACCAGCAAAUUUCGUGCUCCCGCUGUUCAUCCAUGAAGGGGAAGAGGAUACUCCGAUUGGAGCUAUGCCUGGGUGCUAUAGGCUUGGUUGGAGACAUGGGCUUCUUGAUGAGGUAUACAAGGCACGCGAUGUUGGUGUUAACAGUUUUGUGCUGUUUCCAAAAGUUCCUGAUGCAUUGAAGUCUCAAUCUGGAGAGGAGGCAUACAAUGAUAAUGGUUUGGUUCCACGAACUAUCCGCCUUCUCAAGGAUAAAUUCCCAGACAUUGUUGUCUACACGGAUGUAGCUCUAGAUCCUUAUUCAUCUGAUGGUCAUGAUGGCAUCGUCAGGGAAGAUGGAGUAAUUAUGAACGAUGAAACAGUUUAUCAGUUGUGCAAGCAGGCCGUUUCACAGGCGCGUGCUGGUGCUGAUGUAGUUAGCCCUAGUGACAUGAUGGAUGGCCGUGUUGGAGCAAUUCGUGCUGCUUUGGAUGCGGAGGGUUUCCAUGAUGUUUCCAUUAUGUCAUAUACUGCAAAGUAUGCCAGUUCGUUUUAUGGUCCAUUCCGAGAAGCUUUGGAUUCAAAUCCAAGAUUUGGGGACAAGAAGACCUAUCAGAUGAACCCAGCUAACUACAGAGAAGCACUUCUAGAAACUGCAGCAGAUGAGGCAGAAGGAGCUGAUAUUCUUCUGGUAAAACCUGGAUUGCCAUACUUGGAUGUCAUCCGUCUUCUUAGGGAUAAUUCAGCGUUGCCAAUUGCUGCAUACCAGGUCUCUGGAGAAUACUCCAUGAUCAAAGCCGGAGGAGCACUGAACAUGAUCGACGAGGAGAAGGUGAUGAUGGAGUCGCUCAUGUGCCUGAGGCGAGCUGGCGCUGACAUCAUCCUGACCUACUUCGCGCGUCAGGCCGCCACCGUCCUGUGCGGCAUGCGAUCCAACUGAAGCUACUCCAGUAGGUCAACUCUGAAAAAGCUGAGCUCCCAAACCCCAGCCCAGCUUUCCCCAUCUCUGAAGCCAUUUCAUUUCAUGUCCCCCAAUGGCAUCAUCAUCAUGUGAGGCUAAUUUUGCAUUCGAGAGAGAGCAUUUGUGUAGUCAGUCAGUCACUUAGUGCUAGCUUGCAAAUAUCGUUCUGGAUUAUUCAUAUUUUGGUCUAUAAUUUGUGGUGAGGAAAUAAUAUAAUCUGCAAUUCUGUG